UAUAAUUAAACCGUUUCUUCUUUAAAAAAAAAAAAUCAUUUUUUUCAUAAAAAAAUAGCUGAGGUGAAUGAAAUACAAAUUCAUCCUAAUCAAAAUUAUAUUCACAAUAUUUACCCAAAAUAUAAGCUUGGUUAUUUUUUUAUUUAGAUAAAAAAAGGACCCAACUUGCACUCAUUGGACAGCUAAGCCCACUUGCCCACAGUAUAAAAAGGGUCGAUCCAGCAGCAAGCAAGCAAGACUAUAGAAAAUCAUAUAUAUCUCCACUUUUCCAAUGAAGAAUUAGCCAAACGGUUUAUGGCAAUCGCCGCUGCCAUGAGCAGAGACGAAGCUGAGAAAGACGCGCACGAGAACGACCUCGUCAUGCCCGGCUUCCGCUUCCACCCUACAGAAGAAGAACUCAUCGAAUUCUAUCUCCGUCGCAAAGUUGAAGGAAAACGCUUCAACGUCGACCUCAUAACCUUCCUCGAUCUCUAUCGCUAUGACCCUUGGGAGCUUCCCUCACUGGCAGCGAUAGGGGAGAAAGAAUGGUUCUUUUAUGUGCCGAGGGACAGGAAGUACAGGAACGGAGACCGGCCGAACCGGGUGACCACAUCGGGAUACUGGAAGGCGACCGGAGCGGACCGGAUGAUUCGGAGCGAGAACUCGCGACCGAUUGGGCUGAAGAAAACUCUUGUUUUUUACUCGGGGAAAGCACCUAAAGGAAUCCGCACUAGCUGGAUCAUGAAUGAGUACAGGCUCCCGCAGCCUGAAACCGAUCGAAAUUAUAAGACGGAGAUCUCGCUGUGCAGAGUGUACAAGAGACCUGGUGUAGAAGAUCACCACCGUUCUUCCAACAAAAUCUCUUCCAAGGCUUCAUCAUCCAGCACUACUACACCAGACAAAAAUCUCAGACAAAUCAAUCCUCUUCCCAUAGGCUAUCUACAAUCUGCAGCUGGAGAAGGACCUUCACCUUCUUCAGAGCUUGGCGACUGUAAAUGCACAGAGGAAGCCAUGUACGCUUCUUCCACCACCAUUCCCAUAGUUUCUCUCAGCUCAACUCCAAUGGAAGAAGAAGGUUCAUCACAGUACCAUUCACAGCCACCCAUACAUUCUUCUUCAGACACCUCUGUGCAUGAACUGAGCAGGAUUGUAAGCUACCUGAACCAGCCACAACUGCUUCCUGUGAAUCAAUUGCCACCGCUAUUAUCCAAUAAACUUUGGGAAUGGAAUGAUCCUUUUAGUGAUGCUGCUAGAGAUUACAGCGUUAAUUUUAAAUAACGCUUAUAUGGCCUUAUAUAUAUAUAUAUAUAUAAUAUAAUGAUGCUGCAGCCUUUUAGCUUUCUCCUUUACUUUUGUUGCUAGUUAUGGUUAUUAUAAGUUUCUUUACUAAUCUAGUAAUGUAAGAUGAAGUGCAGCUAUUUUGAGAACUUUGAUGUCC